UGGUGUCUUUGAGUUAGCGCAAUUGUUAACUGAUCCUUUGGGGAAAGCAGGGAUUCUGUUAUCUGCUGAACCUGCGAGGACUUCUUCAUUUCUUUGGACCUUUUUAUCGCGACCAUUCGGAGAUAUGAGUUCCUCCAACACUGACCAACGGCUGGACCAUCUCUUGAGCGCCGUUGAGAGCGAGUUUCAAAAGGGCAGCGAGAAAGGCGAUACCUCCGAGCGGGAUAUUAAACUUACCCUGGACGACGAAGAACUCUGGACCAAGUUUAAGGAGCUGACUAACGAAAUGAUAGUCACCAAAACUGGCAGGCGGAUGUUCCCGGUGCUCCGAGCGAACGUGUCGGGCCUCGACCCAAACGCCAUGUACUCCGUUCUUCUGGACUUCGUGGCGGCGGACAACAGCCGGUGGAAGUACGUUAACGGGGAGUGGGUGGCGGGCGGGAAGCCGGAGCCGCAGAGCCCCAGCUGCGUCUACAUCCACCCCGACUCACCCAACUUCGGAGCGCACUGGAUGAAGGCGCCGGUCUCCUUCAGCAAAGUCAAACUCUCCAAUAAACUCAACGGGGGAGGACAGAUAAUGCUGAACUCCCUGCACAAGUACGAGCCGCGCAUUCAUAUCGUCAAAGUGGGCGGAGUGCAGAAGAUGAUCAGCAGCCAGUCCUUCCCGCAGACGCAGUUCAUCGCCGUCACCGCCUACCAGAACGAGGAGAUUACAGCUCUGAAGAUCAAACACAACCCAUUCGCAAAAGCCUUCCUGGAUGCAAAAGACCGGAGUGACCACAAGGAGGCGCCAGACCAGAGCGGGGACAGCCAGCAGUCUGGAUACUCACAGAUCGGAGGCUGGUUUUUACCCAGUAACGGCUCCUUCUGCCCCAGCAGUAGCCCCUCCCAGUUCAGCAGUGGCCCCGCCCUCUCUUCAGGGUCAUACUGUGAGCGCUACUCUGGUCUAAGGAGUCACCGAGCCACGCCCUACCCCACCCACUACUCACACCGCAACACCGGCACCAACGGCUACAUGGAUAACGGCUCUCCUGGCCUGGCAGCCCAUGACAGCUGGUCCUCCUUGCAGAUCCCCAACACCAAUGGAAUGGGCACGCUCCCACACUCCACCAAUCCCAGCUCCAACAGCAGUCAGUACCCCAGCCUCUGGUCAGUGUCGGGGACGUCUCUGGGCCCCUCGGGGUCCCCGCCCGGGCCCCUGGGGAGCAGCCUGACCUCCCAGUUCCUGCGGGGCUCGUCCGUGCCCUACUCCGCCCUGCCAGGCUCCGCCCCCUCAUCAAUGUACGACAACAGCCUGACGGAGGUCAGCGCCGGUGACGCCCAGUUUGAGACCUCCAUCGCUCGGCUCACCGCCUCCUGGACCGCGCCCGUAGCACAGACCUACUGACCCCGCCCCUCGACCCAGACCCCACACCCAGACCUACUGAUCCCGCCCACAAUCGCCCCCCCCUCGACCCAGACCCCACACCCGGAACCCA